UUUUACUUAACUGUAGUACACUUACGACUUACGAGCAAAAAUAAUAAUGAAUGCAUGAGGAAAAUACCAAACAGAACAGAGUACGACUACUGCCAGCGUGCCUAGAGGAUGGUCUGCCGUGGAGAGAAGAAAGGGUUCCAUCCGGUGUCAAGGAGGAAGUGAAAGUUGAUUUUUUUGGGGAGGAUUGAUGUCGAAAUUAAAGCUUGGAAUUGAUCUGAAAGUGCAAAUAAUAUUUAAUUAGUUUAAAGUGAUGGAAUGGGAUAACCACGUUACAUAAUUUGUGGCACACGUGGUGAUAAAAAAUUACUAAAGGUGUUCAUGAUUUGUGUUCAUUAUUAAGAAAAUAAAUAGUAAUAAAAUUAAGUAAAUAUGAUAAUGAACUUAUUGCGCCUCAGGGAUAAACUGACUGUGUAAAGUGUUACAAUUAUUAUAUAUGUAUAUGCAUUUCGGAAAGAUGGGAAUUGGCCCGUGGUACCGGAUUGGGCUCUCGAUGUCCAAUGCUGUUAUCCUAGCGGCCAUUAUUGAAACGAUCAUAUCAUGCAAUGCUGCCAGCCAUUCGUUGGCUUAUUCGUUAGCGAAAUAUCAAUACGGGCUGCACGGUCAUGCCCCUGGUCAUCUACCUACGGAAGUUGCUAAUCACCCACAAUGGGUUUUGUUCGGAGUUACUUUGUUCGUUCAAAUACUAGCGGAUAUCUUGUUAUGGAUAGCUGUAAUUGUUAAGGGUAACCGGCAUUUCGCACUAAUCUGGGUCAUGGCCACGCUCGUAAGAACAUCCUACACCGCAGUGCUUCAUACAUUUACCCAAGAAGAAUGGGAGAGAAGUUACCCAGUAAUGGAAGCAAUACAAAAAAUCACUGCAUUCCUCUGGGGCACCAUGAUCUUUGGGUUUUGUGCCAUCACUGGGGUUCAAGCCUCCUACUAUCUCUCCACAGAAGAGGGCAGAGCCAAAAUUAGUCCUGUGGGGGAGGGGAUUCUAGCUCUUCGAGACUAUUACAGGGAAAACCUUGUUCAAUUAGCUGUAGUAUUACUUUUCUCUGAAAUUGUUACAAAUAUCCACCGAUGUUUCCAUUACCCUAUAACUGCGUACCUUGAUGAAGCCAAGUUUUAUUUGGGUUACACCACCGCCCCGGACGAGAUGGGCUUCAACAUUUCCAUUGCAACCAUAGUCAUAAACGCCUUUGGUCUCAUCCUCUUAACCGUUAAGUACUCGGGCGUCCAAAAGGCCUGGGUCGUCGCUUAUGUGAUACUUAUCUUAGUUCAUUUGUUACUCUUAGCAUACGUUGCGAUAGACUGGUCCCCCGUCAAUGUUCAACCACACAUGUUCAACGGCUUCUUCCUCGUCUCCGUAGCCCAUCUAAUUUACAAGGUCGGAAUUUUGUACGUUUAUUAUAAAAGUAUGGGACAAAUCGUGGAGCGGAGAGAGUCCCAAUCAGCGUCUCAACAAAGUGUAGACAGACAAAUAGGAGAGCCUUAAAACAAUUACAUAAUAAUUAAUGUAUGUCUAAAUAUUUAGAGCAAGAAAUAAUAAAUCUGCUAUUAUUAAAAUUUCUGAAGGAAAAUUAAAGAAAUUUUGAAAAAAAUUGAAUAAAGGAAAUACAUUUUGAUAUAAAAUUAAUGAACAAGUUGUAAGUGUACUGCUUUUUUCACCCGCAGCAAGCAGGAGAGGAAGAGAAUAAUAAAUCAGCUAUCGCUAAAAUUUCUGAAGGGAA